UCCUGCUUGAUUAAUCCCGACUGUGAGAUAGACCGGGUCUGUUGCAAUGAUUCCAUUAUCAACAGCAGAAAUAAUAAAAGAGAGGCCAUUCGCCGGCGCUCACAUUCUGAUCGCGAAGGCACAAACCCACAGAUGCUCCCGGUAAUCUCUUCUCUUUGCCUUAAACACUAAUCAGUGAUUGUCUGCCAGUUAUUCCGGACUUGAGUUUGCUGGGGCGCAUACUGUUAUUAUUCCUUGUUCUAGCUUUCUUUAUCCUGCUUUAUAGCUGGACGCUGCUCAUUCUAGUACUGAACCCUUUCUAAAAU